AAGUGUGUGCUGGAAAGAUGGGGGAUGUGAGUGCCAAGCAGCCGAUCGGCUUGAACCUUAUCCGCGUUUCGAGCCUAGCGGCGAGCUCACUCGACUGUGCAUGUGUAGUGCUGUAGUUUGUUGCACAGCACCGGACUCGCAUUGAGCCUUUGCGCGUUGCUUGUCCGUCCGUCCUCCACGCACGAUUGAACAUCCCGGCCAACCACGCAAACGCCGCCGAUACAACGGGACGCCACAGAUCGCAAAACGGGGAGAUCGCCAACGAAGGCGGAAAGACGCAAGUUGCCGAGAGCAGGAACGGGGUUAGAGUGAGGCAGGAAAGACAUCCACGCAGUAAUGAAUGCCCGCAGCGGCAGUCAAGCGCAAAUGCGCACCAUGAACAUGGGCUCCUUUGGUGCCCAGCCGAACGCACGACAAAAUUCCAGACUACAGAAUACACAGAAGACGGGACUAGGAAAUGGCAAUGCGGGAGCUGGAUGGGCAUUUGGUGCUCCGGCAUCAGCAGGGACUGGUUUUGGGGCGCCGGGUCUAGCACGUCCAGGACAGCUGUCUGGCUUUGCGCAAAUCAUGGGCGGAGGAGGGCAAACACAGAUUGACAUGAAUGAUUUUCCUACGUUGGCUGGGCCCGGCCGGUCCAACUACAACGCCAACAGCUGGAACAGCAACGCCGUACGACAGGCGCAACCACCGCAAUCGGCUUCGCAACAGCCCGGACAGCAACAGCGAGCGCCCUCAACUGCGCCGUCACAGGUGUCGGUAGAUCAUUACGAGUCACAGCGUUCGCAGCAGCAGUCGACAGAUCGUGGAGGGACCAAUCGGAGCGACUUUCCACAGCAGAGUGAUCAGGUAUCGACCAACGGCGAUUCGGCGCGGCAGAACGGUCUAGGGAGCAGUAUUUUGGGCUCCCCCAGCGAUUCGAUACCGCAGACCAACGGUCAGCAAUCCCAGCUGCCAAUGCGCGAGGUGUCCGGCUCAAGUCAACAGGCUCCUAUUGGGAGCGGGCAGCCUACACCCCAGUCGCAGGUUGGGCCUCCACCACAAGGCUUUGAAGCACAAGCUCUUCAGCACGCGUCACAUACGAAGAGAUGGGAAGAUCUCACCGAGACAGAGCGAUAUGGCAUGGCAGGCCUGAUGUCUCAACUCGAAGCGAGACGUGCAAUAGAGUCAAAUCAAGCCAUGGACGAGACUUUGCCGGUAUGGACGCGAAAUACCGCUUUCCUCAUGGGCCAGGAAACUCCCGACUUCGGCAUGGACUUGAACAAUCCGGAGCCUCUGUACCCAACAUUCUCUGUUUUUGGAACACGAACGCCUUCCGACUCAUUCUACGAUUUCCGAGAUCAGUACACCGUUCCAUCAUUCCACGUGCCACCUGCGUACACCGUUAACAACGUCCCCGAGAUGGCCUCCAGGAUGCCGGCAUUCAGUGAUGAAACCCUAUUCUGCAUAUUCUACCAGAUGCCACGCGACAUUAUGCAGGAAAUGGCAGCUACUCAACUGAACCAACGGGACUGGCGGUGGCACAAAGUUCUGCGGAAAUGGCUGCAGAAGGAUACGCGCGAAGCCAACGCCGCCGCUGCUCCCACGCUGGUCGACCACACAAACGGAGCCCCUAUCGGCCAGGAACCCAUACGAAUCAACGAGCGAAGCGAACGCGGUGUGUACAUUUUCUUCGAAGAGAAGGACUGGAAACGAGAACGCCGAGAGUUUACAUUAGACUACGACUCUCUGUACGUCACAAACCUAAUGCCUACUGCAGCAGCGGCAGGCGUGUACGGCGGUGGAGGACGGAGCGGGAACUUUGGCGGCAUGAAUGGAGGGCCGGUGGGAGGAUCGGUCGAUCAGAGCGCAAUCACGACUCCGUCGUAAGUGGCAUUUGGGCAGCAAUUGGCACCAUGUAGGCCUUUUGGACGAGAGACACCAGCAUCUGGAAAUGCAGCCGUGGCCACGAUGAGAAAAGUGUGAUGAGAAUUGCUAAUAGCCUCGCGCAGGCUCAUCUCGCCAAUGCAAUAUUUUGGCUGACCAGUUGACUCACGGUGCGCAAAUCCCAGCCUAUUGUGUUGUGAGCAUGUGCCAAGGUGGCAACGCAAGAAGGUGAAGCUGAACUCAUGCUCGACUCCGAUGAUCCGCCGGUGAAGAGCGAGGGGAGCGGUGCUGAAUCACGGACGCUGCAGUAGUGCGGCCGCGGAGUGGCUCCCAGGCGCCCCACAGUGCUGCGAACUUGGGCUACACAUAUUGCCCAACCUGGUUGCUUCACAAACGAGGCGCCGUCACACUCGCCUUCCUUGUCAUGCGGCGUAGGGAAAUGCUUGCGAAAAGGGCAGAUCUGCCUUCCAUCUUCCGCUAUUGGCGUAGACCAAACAUGUUCUGCAGGACUGUAAGAUUGCAUGCUACAAACCGACUAUACUACGCAGGGAUAUAGAUUAUAACGGUAUGCCGCGUUCAGCGAGCAAAACGGUGCAGAGGCGACGCUAUGCGACUCGCCCUCUCUGCGGGCUGAAUGAGGGUACAGAGGCAGCACGUGGCAUCCGAAAAAGCGGCAGUAUCUGGUUGGUUUAGACCACAUGCACGCAAGAAGCUUAAUCUUUCCCACCAA